AUGAAAUUGGACUCAUCUUCCCAAUUGUUUCUUCACGUCUUCAACUGCAUUUUUCUAUCCGUGCUGGUGCUCAUUUCCUGCGUAAAAAAGAAGCGGAACUUCAAGAGCAAAAACUCGAUGUCAUCAGAUUCACGAAGUAAUAUUCCUAGGAACCUUCCGAAAAGAGAAUAUGUCACUGUUACCGUCCCACCUGAAGCCACUCCAUCGCCCCCUGGACCGGCUCCAGAUAAGCCGAAAGAAGAGGAGAAGAAGGAAAAUGAGGAAGAAAAGAAGGAGGAAAAGAAGGAAGAGAAAAAAGAGGAAUCGAAGGAAAAAGAGAAAGAAAAAGAUAAGUCGAACAAAAAAUCGGUGAAGAAGUCGAAGAAGUCGAUGAAAUCGAAGAAGGGCGGAGUCAAUAAGGAUGAUAAGAAAGAAGAAGAAAAUGAUGGAUACGAGAAUUGUGCGGAUAUUUCGGCCAGUGAGCUCAAGAAAAUUGCAGAAACUGUCUAG